UCGUCUUAGUUCCUCAGCACGUUCUUUGGGUUUCCUUCUACACACUGUCGAGUUUUCGAUUUAAGGAAUUUACAGUUUCAUUUUUGAACCGAAAUACUAGUCUUUCCACCUACUUUGUUGCCUGUUAUGGGCGCUGGUGGUAUUAAUGGAGAGCUAAGAGAUCACUCAGAACACGUUGAUGCUAUAUUUCGCUCGCAUUUUAAUGUAAUUAACGGCAGACCAUCAACAUCUGCAUCGUCUCCCUCUUCCCGUCCGACUCGAGGAACUGCAUCCUCAGGUAGUAGCAGUUCGAAUAUUUCUCUGAACGGUUUCGAAGAAAUGGCCUGUUUUAGCUGCAGCUCCAAUUUUACCUUGUUCAAGCGGAAGAAUCUAUGUCGAAACUGUAAAAGACACUACUGCAAUGACUGCAUUUCAAGAGAACUUAAAUUUAUUCCAGGAGAGAAUAGCAGACACUGCCUCACCUGUAGAGCCCUUCAAUCCCCAAUUGCAUACAGAGAUCACCUGAUAAGGUUGAAAGUCAAAGACCUCCAAGAAUAUUUAAGGUCUAAACAAAUCUCCAUGAAUCAUUGUAGAGAGAAGCGUGACCUUGUAGAAUUAAUAUUACGGCAUGUAGAGGGAGGAACAAAUACAGCUCCCUCAUCUACUGCGGCUCAGCCUCAACAAGGAAGGCAACCAUCACAGACAAAUCCUUCACAUCCUCAUGCACCAGAUGCCAUUUACACACGGCUAGGUCAGCCAAGGAGUUCGCAUUCUCAACCAACUCAAAGAACUCGGCCUGUUCAGGUUCCCCCCUCUGCACCACCUGCCUCUCUGAAUAAGAGUCUGAGUGAAAUCAAGAAUGUAGAUGAAGUGCAAGAGCUUUCUGUGAAAGAACUCAAGUGUAUUCUUAGGGCAAAUUUUGUGGACUUCACAGGCUGCUGUGAAAAGGAAGAGCUCUUGGAGCGAGUUAGAACCCUCUGGAAUUCUAAACAAGAAUAUAUCAAAAAGAAAAGUACAAUGGCACCUGAUGAUGAUGAUAGUGAGGAUCAGUGUAAGAUUUGUAUGGAUAAUGGAAUAGAUUGUGUUCUACUCGAGUGUGGUCACAUGGUCACUUGUACAAACUGCGGCAAGCAGAUCUCAGACUGUCCAAUUUGUCGACAACAUAUUUCCAGGAUUGUGCAUGUGUUUAAAGCUUAACCUUUGUAUCUUUAGAUAGAAUAUCACUGAAUGUAGCUGUGCUGUAAUUUCAUUGGAAUCUUGAUUGAUGAACAUAGUCAUUCAUCUGUCCAUGGGCUUUGGAAGG